ACUUGGCCAUAUUAUCUCUGACUUGACUGAGCCAGAAGGCGAGAGCGCUGAAGUGCAGGGCAGUGUGGAGUGGCACGUUGAACGAUCAGCAUGAGAGGUCACACGCGUGGCCCUUGCUUGGCUCUUCUGGGGCUGGCCCUUCUUGUUUCCCCUCUGCAUGCUCUUAAUACCAAUGAAGUGGAAGCUGAGGAGUUCAUGAAAGAGCUGAAUGUCAGAUUCAACCAUGAGUGCAACAAGGAAAUGGUCGCACGGUGGGACUAUAUCACGGACGUCACUGACCCAGACAAAGAGGCAACAGCGAAUGCGGCAGCAGUGAGUUACCUGAACUUCAAGGGCGAGGCAGCAGUGAACAGCUCCCAGUAUGCCUAUGAUGGCUUCAAUGACAUCGAGUUGUAUCGCCGCUUCAGGUUCCUCUCCAAGAAGGGCCCGGGUGCGCUGGACCAGGAGGAGCUGACAGAGUACAAGGCGCUUCAGGCCAACAUGGAAACGACCUACAGCACGGCCACCAUCUGUGACUUCUACAACCCCCAGCAGUGUGACCUCAUCCUGGAACCCGACAUUGAAGCUAUUAUGGCAUCCUCCACAAACUGGGAUGAGCUAAAGUACGUCUGGGAGCAGUGGCGAGACAACACUGGCAAGCUGAUGAGGAAGGACUUUGUGCGUUUUGUGGAACUCUCAAACAAAGCAGCCACACUUGAUGGUUUUGACAACACGGGUUCCUACUGGCUGAAUGGCUACACGGUGGACCAAAGGGAGGCUGAUACGUACACAGGUGGCCACACACUGAACCCUGUCGAGUUCAGAGAAAUGCUAAGCAGUGUUUGGGAUCAGGUGUCUGAGGGUCUGUACAAGAAGCUCCAUGCCUAUGUGAGGAUGCGUCUACAGGAAGUCUACCCUGGUAAAAUCGACCCAACUGGCCCCAUUCCUUCCCACAUUCUCGGCAACAUGUGGGCCCAGACAUGGGGUAACAUUGGGCACUAUGUGAUGCCAUUCUCUGAUGUUCCAAGCUUUGAUGUCACAGAUAAAAUGCAUGAAAAUGGCUGGGAUAUCAUGAGGAUGUUCAAGGCAGCUGAAGACUUCUUUGAAAGCAUCAGUCUUUAUCCCAUGACUCAAGUGUUCUGGGACCGCAGUGUCAUCAACCAGACUGCCUGGGGCAAAAUGAUGGUGUGCCAUGCUUCGGCAGAAGAUUUCUGCCUGGGCCCAGAUGGAGAUGACUACAGAAUUAAAAUGUGCACGGAGGUAAACAUGGAGGACUUGAUCACAGUGCACCAUGAGAUGGGCCAUAUUGAGUACUUCAUGGCCUACAAAGACUUGCCUCAUGUGUUCAGGGACUCAGCCAAUCCAGGUUUCCAUGAGGCCAUCGGAGAUCUGAUUGCUCUCUCAGUGUCAACACCCAAGCAUCUUGAGAACAUCCUUGGUCUGACACGUAAGACCUCCACCUCCUCCAAGAAUACUAAGGACACCAGGUACACGGAUGAAGAGAAGCAAGACCUCAACUUCCUCAUGGAGAUGGCACUGGAGAAGAUUGCCUUCCUGCCUUUCGGUUACCUGAUUGACAAGUAUCGCUGGGGUGUGUAUGAUAAUUCCAUCACAACAGAGGAGCUUAAUGCUGGAUGGUGGAACCUGAGGGAGUCCCUGCAGGGCGUUACCACACCCGAGGACGUGCGUGGAGAGGAGUUCUUUGACCCUGGCGCCAAGUACCACGUACCCGCCAAUGUGCCUUACAUCAGAUACUUUGUGAGCUUCAUAGUGCAGUUCCAGUUCCAUGAGAGAUUGUGUGCUGCUGCAGGACACACAGGGCCACUCCACACCUGCGAUAUUUAUGGCAAUCAGGAGGCUGGCACCAUUCUUCGGGAAGCACUCAAGAAAGGUUUCUCUGAGCCAUGGCCUGUUGUGUUAAAGGAGCUUGGUGGGUCUGAAAACAUUGAUCCACAGGCCAUUAUCAAGUACUUUGAUCCUCUCAUUAAGUUCCUUGAUGUUGCUCUGGCAGAGGCUGACCAGUGCAUUGGAUGGGGAGAGGACUGUAUUAAAAUAAUAGACGACCUAGAGAAAACCACCUUUUCACCAGAGAAUAAUACAAUGGAGUCUUCUAUGUCAACGGAGGAGCCAACAACUGAAUCUCCUUCUUUGAAUGAGACACAGGCGCUGGAGGACAUGGAUGCUAUGGAUGCAGAAUUGACAGUGUUGGUGCAGAAUGCUACAUUGUAUGACUGGGAAUACUACACUAAUGAAUCUGAUGCAACAGCAGCAGAUGCGAAUGCGGCCUGGGCCCUGGUGAGCCAUGUGUUUAGGGACUGGUACAACAAAACAAUUGCCUUCUACGAAUAUGAGGAGUUUGAAAGUGAAGAUCUCAAACGCCGCUUCAGACUGCAGAAAAACCUUGGUACAUCAGCUCUUUCAGACAAGGACUUGGACAGGUACAGUGCCAUUGUGAAAAAUAUGACCAGCAUCUACAAUGAAGGGAGAGUGGUGGAUAUGAAUAAUGACACAGUUUCUUACGGAAUUGAUGAAUUGGAGAUUAAGAUGGCUGAGACAAAGGACGCAAAGGAACUAGAACACUACUGGACUGAGUGGCGCAGUCACUCAGGGAAGCUUAUGAUAGAUGACUUUGAGGAAUAUAUCACUCUUCUCAACACAGCUGCUCAGGCAAAUGAUUUCAGUGAUGCUGGUGAGAUGUGGGUGGAUGUGUAUACAGAACCCACACUUAACUACACAAGCCAAAAUUUCAAGUCAGAAAUUGAAAGUCUAUGGAAGGAGCUUGAAGGAUUCUAUAAACAACUGCAUGCCUACAUUCGCUUCAGUCUCAAGGAACAUUAUGGGGAUGAUAUAGUUGACUCUGAUUUCAUACCUGCUCAUCUUUUAGGCAACAUGUGGGCACAGAGCUGGGAGAACAUUUAUGACCUUGUGGCUCCUUAUCCAGAAGUGCCAAUUCCUGACAUCAGUGAGGCCCUUGCAGAAAAUAUUGUUGAUACUGAUGAAAUGGUUCGCAUUGCUGAGGACUUCUUCACUAGCCUGGGUCUGUACAACAUGACACAAAGCUUCAAUGACAAUAGUGUGUUUGAGCAAAACGAGCAAGAGUCAAUCAUUUGCCACGCCUCUGCUUGGGACUUCUACAACAUUGUCGAUGAUCCUUCUGAGGGAGACUUCAGGAUUAAAAUGUGUGCAGACAAGAAUCAAGAAGAUUUCAUUGUUAUACAUCAUGAGAUGGGCCAUACCGAGUACCAGAUGUCAUACAGCAUUCCAAGGGGAGAGCGUCCUCUAGUCUUUAGGGAUGGUGCUAACCCAGGUUUCCAUGAAGCGAUUGGAGACACGAUAGCAUUGUCAGUGAGCACUCCAUCACACCUCAAGAUGAUAGAGAACUACUUAACUAGCAAUGCCAAUAAUGCAACAGGUGACUUUGACAUGAUUUCACAUGGUAGUUUCUUCGAAACCGAAUUGGACUAUGGCAAUGGCACCAAUGGCAAUGAGACCAAUGGCAAUAGCACCAGUGAAUACAAACAAAACAUUAAUUUCCUCAUGAAGACUGCACUGGCCAAGAUUGCAUUCUUGCCUUAUGCUUACAUUCUGGAUCAAUGGCGGUGGGAACUGUUUGAAGAUAAUAACAAGCAUGAUGAUUACAACAGGAAAUGGUGGGAGUUGAGAUUAGAUGUUCAGGGGAUCUGUCCACCUGGCCUCCGCCAUCCUAAUGAAGAUUUUGAUGCUGGAAGCAAAUACCAUGUUGCAGACAGUGUUCCUUAUAUUCGUUACUUCGUGGCUCACAUUCUGCAGUUCCAGUUCCACCACAGGCUGUGUGAAAUAGCUUUUGGAGAUCAGUUUGAAGAGACGGAAGUGUUCAACUGCGACAUCUACAACAGUAUAGAUGCAGGAACAGAACUGAAAAAGCUGCUCAAUAGGGGAGCUUCAGUUGAAUGGCAUGAGCAACUGAGGGACUUUAUGGGUGGUAGUAAUGGCAGCAUGAAUGCCAUUGCUAUCCUGAACUACUUCUCUCCCUUGCAAGACUACCUAGAUGAAUUCAUUAAAAACAACUCAAUUGAGGUGGGAUGGAAAGAAGGCCAGGUUGACCAUUACAUGAUCGACUCAGCAUACAUCCCAGCCACAGUUCCUAUUGUGGUUGGUGUUGUGCUUGCAGUGAUGGUCCUCAUUGUCAUUAUUGCCUAUUUUGUGGGCCAAGCCAGGCAAAAGAAGAAGGCAAAGAAAAAUGCUGCAAGCAGUACUCCUGAGAACAUUGAAAUUUCUGUCCAGAAUACAGAGACCAAAUCAACAGGAUCUGUGGACAGCAAUUGAUAUUGGUGAAGUAAUAUUUAAGAAUGAUAAAAUGAAGCAAGUGGAAGGUGAGGCUGUUACUGUUGUGAUGUGUGAAGCGAGCUUUUAUAUGUUAGGAAUAAGAUUUUAUUGUACGUAUGUAAUAGCUAACAGUAUAUAAGUAAGGUUUUCACUUAUUUGUGUAUUACUUGCUAUUAAGGUGGGAAUAAGGAAUUGGGGGAAAUAAAGAAUUAUGCAAAAUUUUAGUGACAAAUUUUUGUCUAUGUUUAAGAUUUCAGGGAAUGGAAAGGAACACUAAACACAGAGGGGAUGAUCAUGUAAUGCUAAGUUCCUUAUUAUAUCAAAGAGCGGGGAAUGCAAGUUUUUGAGCACAUAACAAUUUUUUAUGAAUUAUUGGUGACGGUGAGCAGCAAUGAUUAAUUAAUGUUGUAAGUGUUUGUACUUUGGUAAGAUGUUUGUUCACACUGUGUCUGUUCCAGGACAGAGUACCUAUUUAUGGAAAUCUUCCCUUGAAUAAACCUUGACUCUCA